UGCCCACGUUCUGCUGCAGAGGAGAGAGCACCAGGAUGAGGAGAGAGUAGGCACCCGCCGUAGCAUGGCCGCGUCCCGUUCCUCGCGUGUCACAAGGUCAUCAGUUGGGCUCAAUGGAUUGGAUGAGAACUUUUGUGGUCGAACCCUCAGGAACCGCAGCAUCGCCCAGCCAGAGGAGACCUCGGUGUCUCCUCUACCCAGGGCCCGCUCGCCCAAGAAGAGGCAGGACGCCAAGCACGAGUCGAAACAGGAGUCGAAGUCGGAGGCCAAGCAGGAGUCGAAGCAGGAGGCCAAGCAGGAAUCGAAACAGGACGCCAAGCAGGAGAGCAAGCAGGAGUCAAAACAAGAUGUUAAGCAGGAGUCAAAGCAGGACGCAAAACAUGAUACUAAGCAGGAUACCAAGCAGAACACUCGGCACGACGGCCAGCAACAGACCUCGUUGCAGGGAAAGGAAACUGACUCGAUUGCUUCCCCAGCUGAGGUGGAGCAAUGGACCAGCUCCAGGAAGCGGGGUGUGUCCUGUUUAGAAAAAGACAUUAGUCCCGAGAAGCCCGAGAACUGUGAUAGAGGGAAAGGGGCACGAGAUGCCUCUCCUCAAAUCAAAAGGGCCAAGCGGUGCUCCCGCUCUGGAGAGUCUCAGGGACACGAGGAGCAAUCUGAGCCUCUGAAACCUGAAAGUCCAGUAUCUGUACCAGAGCCUAACAAGGACAGUUGUGAAGAAUUUCCCAGUCAAAACUCUGCUCACACGUCCCCUGCCUCACCAGUCCUCUGUACAGAGGAAGGUGAGCUGACGGGCGUGAAGGCCGAGGAUGGUCUUUUGGAGUGUGAUGGGGUUUCCCAGCCCCUGAAUGCUCAUAAAGCUUCUAAUGGACUCACAGAGAAUCCGGCAGAGGAACCUGGCACACUCACAGAAGAGACUAGUGCAAGUCCCACCUCUGUCACCAACUGCCUGUCGCUGCUCAACGGUAGCCAGGCGGAGGCUCAUCCCUCAUCCCCUGACCCUGCUGUGCCUUGUAGAAACUCUGACCCUGGGCAGAUGGAGGUCUCUGGCUCAGGGGAAUCGCCAGCCUCCUCUGCACUGGCAAUUGAGGCUGUUCCAGAGGAUCCUAUCUCUGAGUUGAUAGUGGCCAAGGAGCAGGAGGUGGAGGAGGUGGAGGUCGACGUGGUGGGCGAGACCCUGUGUCUGGCCCACGAGGAGCAGGUGACGGAGAGCGACACCAAUGGCCGGCCACUAACACCGGUGCAGGAAGCUGCUGCCUCCACCUCCUCCACCACACCCAACACGAACAAUAGUCCAAUCAACAACGGCAACUCAGGAGAAACAACACCCCCACUAGCAACAACCCCCUCCCCCACAGAGCCAGGGUACAACCCCUCGAUAUCCAGCAUGCCCCCCUCUUUCACGGAGCUCUAUGAACACAGAUACACCCUACGGACUUCACCCAGGAGAGCUGCGACUGGUGGCAAAGCGACCUCCUCCAAGCCCAGCUCUCCUCCUAGAGACAAUGGUCCCUCGAGGGAAGAGGGGGAGGUGGAGUUGGGGCCGGAGGAGGUCUGCCCUAUGGUGGAGGAACCUGCUCCCUCGGACUCUGUCGGCCCCUUUAAUGAGGAGCCAAUGUCGGUGGAUCCUGGAGACAGGGCAGGUGGCGAGGCGAGCGGUUCUAUGGAUCGUAAAGAGGCAGAGAGCAGCAAGGAUCUCACACAGAGCCAGGCUGCGGAGGAGGAGGAGGAAGAGGAGGAGCCAGACGUGUAUUAUUUUGAGUCUGACCACCUGGCUCUUAAACACAAUAAAGAUUAUCAGAGGCUGCUGCAGACCAUCGGGGUUCUCGAGGCCCAGCGCACGCAGGCCAUCCUGGACCUGGAGACGUUGGCGUGUCACCAGAGAGAAGCACUCACAGAUCCCAUCAGCUUUGUGGAGCAGCUGCAGAAACAGGUGAAUUUGGGCUUGCCGUGUCCUCAGCGGGUCGUCCAGCUCCCCGACAUUGCGUGGGAACAGUACACCUCAGGACUCGGAGACUUUGAGAGAGAGUUCUGCGACAAGAAGCGAAAAACCAGGCGGUUAAAGCUGAUCUUCGACAAAGGUUUGCCUCUUCGACCAAAAAGUCCAGUAGAGCCCAAGAAAGAGGGAGAAUCCUCCACCAUGUACUCGUCCCUGCCCACUAGUGACGCUCCGGAGAACGGAAGGCAAACGCAGAUGAUCAGGGGGAGGAUUUGUCACCCAAACAAGCCUGACACAUUUAACCAGCUGUGGACUGUGGAGGAACAGAAAAAACUGGAGCAGCUUCUUGUCAAGUUUCCUCCUGAGGAAGUCGAGUCCAGGAGGUGGCAGAAGAUCGCCGACGAGCUGGGCAAUCGAACAGCAAAACAGGUUGCCAGCAGGGUUCAAAAGUACUUCAUCAAACUGACAAAAGCUGGUAUCCCCGUGCCUGGAAGAACCCCCAACCUGUGCAUGUACACCAAAAAGGCGUCCAGUAAGAGACAGCACCACCUUAACAAGCACCUGUACCGGCCGUCCACCUUCCUCACCUCCUACGAGCCUCCGGUCUUCAUGGACGAAGACGACGAGCGCUCGGCGUAUUACGGGAGCGUGCAGGACCCCUCUGCUGAUGACUCGGAUGAGGAGAGUGUUCCUGUGGAGUUGAGAAAUUUGCCCGAGUACAAAGAGCUUUUGGAGCUGAAGCGACUGAAAAAACAGAAGCUCCAGGAGUUCCAGGAGGAGAAGGUCGGGGUUCGACACGUCGGCUUCAAGUGUGACGUCUGUGGCAUGGAACCAAUCCAGGGAGUGCGGUGGCACUGUCAGGACUGUCCAGCUGACAACGCAGUCGAUUUCUGCUCCAGCUGCUCCGACUGCUUGUACAAGACGGAGACCCACAAGCCGAACCACCACUUGGAGCCGGUGUACCAGUCGGAAACCUUUCUGGACAGGGACUACUGCCUGCCCCAGAGCACAGGCUACAACUACCUGGACCCCAACUACUUCCCAGCCAACAGAUGACAGGGUCCCAGGCGCCCAUAGCUCCAGGCUCUCUCCACAUAUCCCACAGGCCACUCUGUGCAUGGCUCCAUCCUCCAAGUCCAAGAUAACCGCUUAACCCGCCGCCAGGCAGGAAGGCCAGCAGGCAGGCAAACAGCCGGGGGCCUCAGAGCAGACCUACGGUGCUGCUGGUGGGGGGGCUGUUGGUAAACUGGCCUCCCUGACUCGAGCAAAGGGCAGCCAUGUUGGUUCCUUAGAAUACAGGGGGCCCCGCUCCACCUCAGCCAGGUUAUUCAACGGAUCUGUGAUUUGAAACGAUGCACACUAUUUUUAAAAACAAACAAGAAAAAAAAAAAAACUAGAAGACACACCGACAUUCCCGAGCUCUGUGACUCCAGGAGGGCUGUCCGCUCCCCUCCCCCCCGUCACCGUCCUCCAGUUUACCUCCCUGUGCUGCUUCGAAACUGGAGAACCGACGAUCAGUCUGGUGAAUGGAGACGUGCGGUCGACCAGUGUGUCAUCGUGGACUGUGAAGUCAUCAACUGAGAUACACACAGACGGUUUAUAUGUGUGUGUGUGUGUGUGCGUGCGUGGUCUCCGUGUUAUGCAAGAGUGAAAAAUGUUUUAGGUAGGAAUCCGUAGAUUGAGUAUUUAUGAGUUGCAGCCUCCUCGGCGGGAGUAAGGGGGCGCUGCUGCGAGACGCUGGGGUCGAGGCUGCUGUGUUCCCGGCUGCAGAUCGUUUGAAGUCGGUCUGCAGGCGACCUGUACGUGAUCGUGGAGCCGUCACUACAGUCACUACCACUGUCACACCACGUCGCUCUGUAACCCUCUCACCCUUUCAAACACACACAUACACGGUUACACACUUUCAUCUCUGUUUCCUUUCCCUUCGCUCUCUCCACUAAAUCAUGUCUCACAGGGAAGCACUACAGCACGGAGCGCACACGUUUCAGGAGGCAGGCGAAUGAGAACGUACGAAAUGAUACACGAUUAUGUUUUUGUUUCCGUUUUCUCUUCUGCUCCCCCAGUGUAUGCUGUUGUUGAUUAUGUUGAGUGUUCAAGUAUACGGUGAAAAGUAGCCAGUGCUAGUUGCUGUGUGCCAUUUUUAAAGAAGAAUUCUUUUUUGUUGUUUGUUUUUUUUUU